CUUUUCCAUCAACCAGAAGAUGGUUGUCAUUAGCAUCAUCGCUAACAGCUACACAUAGUGGUAGACAAAUGCACUCAGACAGGGGCAUUUCCUGGCUGUUUCCUCUUCAGAAAGUUGAAGGAAAAUACAAAUCACUUAGGUGAAUUUAAAAACGACUUGCAGGCAGUGGGUUAAAAAUAACUAUGACAAAAAAAUGAAUACAAAUUAUACCACCACCCAAAAGGGCACUUUAUAGCCUGGAAGGGUAAAGGGGCAUGUGCUCUACACAGGUAGAGUCCUAUCUGUCCAUGUUCCCUUUUGCAAAGUGGGCACUGCUUCAUGUGGCAACACCAACACUCACCUAAAUAUCCCAUAUGCCACUGGGUGAGAAGUUUUCAUUGUUUUUGGGCAGAAUUAUGUGAGGUGUUGUUAGCGAUGAGCCUUGGUCAAUUUGACGAGGAUGGCAUAUUCCAAGCUAAUGUCGCCCUCUUCAAUCUGUCACCUAAUCCUCUUCAAUCUGUCACCUAAUGGGCAGGUCAGCCCUGGAGGAACGUUUUGGCUCUAAGAAGUAAGUUAACAUAACAUCUGGUUAUUUUUAAAUUACUUUUUUUGACAUUGCUUUAUUUUUGUUCCAAUCUGUGUUACCCACUCCAGUCAGCAGAUGGCAAUGUGAGUAUUUCAGGUAAUGCUUCUUGCGUGACGUAUAAUUUAAUGGACGGGGCGGGAGGCUUAUUCAACAGCGACAAAAGGCCUCUGAUUCAACCAACGCGGUGGUUUGCUAGCGAACAUAAAACCGGAGCAUUUAAGCUCUUUAAACUAAUCUUGUGUAUAUUAAUCUUGGUGUUUAGAACACAAUUAUGUUUACGUAUCUACUAGUUCAUUUUAACGUAAUUUGCUUCUUAAAUUAGCGAAUGUGUUAACUUCAUACUGCACUAGGCUAAUCGCCCGGAGCAUGAGCUAACUAAACUAGACGGAGAAAAUAAGUUCUGGUGAAAGGAGAGGAAGAAGCUUUCAGAAUGAAAAAGGAGGAAGAUUCCGUAACAUUGAAGGAGGAGAAUGUAGUGAAAGAAGAGGAAGAACCUUUUGGAGUAAAAGAGGAAGAGGAGGCUAUCUCAAUAAAAGAGGAGGAAGACGUUUUGGAAGUGAAAAGGGAGGAGGAGGAGUCAGAAUAUCCGAUUACCAUAAGAGAAAGACCAGACUCCGAGGAACCAGAGCCAGAGACGUCCAAACCAGCAAGAGGACACCACUGCUCCCACUGUGGAAAGGGUUUUAAACAGUUACGGGACCUGAAACAACAUGAGAGAAUACAUACAGGAGAAAAGCCAUACCACUGCUCCCAGUGUGGAAAGAGCUAUAACCAGAGAGGAUACCUGAAAAAACAUGAGAGAAUACAUGCAAGGAGUUUCAACCAGAAAGGACACCUGAUCCAACAUGACAGAAUACACCCAUGUGUGAAGCCAUACCACUGCUCCCAGUGUGCAAAGAGUUUUACAAGGUUAGGGGGCCUGAAGAUUCAUGAGACAAUACAUACAGGAGAAAAGCCGUACCACUGCUCCCAGUGUGGAAAGGGUAGUAACCACUUAAGUGGCCUGAAAAGACAUGAGAGAAUACACACAGGGGAGAAGCCUUACCACUGCUCCCAGUGUGGAAAAAGUCUUACCCAGUUAUGUAACCUGAAAACACAUGAGAGAAUACACACAGGGGAGAAGCCUUACCACUGCUCCCAGUGUGAAAAGAGUUUUAAGGAGUUGGGUAACCUGAGAAGACAUGAGAUAAACCACACAGGAGGUAAGGGUGUAGGCUGUUGAACAGUAUGACAUAGGACAGAUGUAGGCUUCUGAACAGUAGGUCAUAGGACAGGAGAAUGCCCAAUACAUGGUGGGACAGAUGAAUCCAAAUUUAAUUCCAACCACCAUGUCUUUGUGAGAUGCAGAGUAGGAUCUCCGCAUGUGGGGUUCCCACCGUGAAGCAUAGAGAAGGAGGUGUGCGGGUGCUUUGCUGUUGACACUGUCAGUGAUUUUAUUUUCAGUUUAUGGCACACUUAACCAGCAGCUACCACAGCAUUCUGCAGCGAUAUCCCAUCUGUUUUGGGCUUAGUGGGACUAUCAUUUGUUUUUCAACAGGACAAUGACCCAACACACGUCCAGGCUGUGUAAGAAAACAUGUGGAAAUGCUUGAACCAAUUUCUCAUCUGCAAUUUUGAUUUCUGGGUUGUCUACUACCUCUAACACAGGAGUCACAUUGCUAUUAGGGAAUGAUAUUGCUGGUGGUAACGUUACUCCUGUGUUAGAGGUAGUAGACAACCCAGAAAUCAAAAUUGCAGAUGAGAAAUUGGUUCAAGCAUUUCCACAUGUUUUUCCUGCUUGUGUCUUAACGAGGGCACAAUCUCGCAAGCUUGGAGAUGUGGUGGAUUUGGCUAGUUCCAUUUUUGAGAAUGUUGAAGUAGAAGACAAUGCACCGAGUAUUCCUUCUGCAAGUCCGACAGUUUUUACUCCUGUAAAAACUAAGGCAGAGGACUGCGAAAUCGCACCCCAAUUACAUGACAUUCUUUUGUCUGUCACCCCAGAGAAGGUGAUUGAAUGUCAAAAAAGGAGACACCAGUCUUCGCAAGUGUUUUGCUUCGGUAAUUUCCAUUGAGGAAGCUAAAACUAGAGAGACUGCCUACUUUAUGGAAGCAGGAGUUUUGAUGCGUAAAUGGGCAGCUCAUGACACCGUUAAUGACUGGAGUGAAGUGUGUCAAGUGGUUGUUCCUACACCGUUCCGACAGCAGGUGCUGUCACUCGCCCAUGACCAGGCGUGGUCUGGACAUUUGGGGAUCACAAAGACUUAUAACCGGGUCCUUCGUAAUUUUUUCUGGCCAGGUUUGAAGUCUGACGUGGUCCAAUUUUGUAAAACGUGUCACGUAUGUCAACUCACUGGGAAAGCGAAUCAAACAGUUCCUAUAGCACCGCUCUACCCGAUUCCUGUGGUGGGGGAACCGUUUUGAAAGAGUGAUAGUUGAUUGUGUAGGUCCGUUGCCGAAAACCAGGUCAGGUAACCAGUUCCUAUUAACAAUAAUGUACAGAUAGCCUAUAUGAAGGGCUCAGCGAAUGUGGUUGCUGACGCUCUAUAACGGGUUUACUAACUGGGGAAGCGUUGGUUUUUGUUAUUACAAACUGUAUGUUUGCAAUUUUUGUGGUGGGCGUGUUACGUUCCCCAGUUUCUGUGUUCUGUUUUGUAUUUGAGUGUGUGUUUCAGGAGAUGGCUUCCGGAAGUACUCCCCAACCAGCUGAUUGGUCUACCCCAGGCUAAUUGAUGAUUGGAGCUGACCCCGCCCCCUCGUCAAGAAGCAGCUGACACUAAUCACCAUUGCCACCUGAAGAUAAAAGCCAGUGUUCUGCCCCAAGAGAUGGGAGAGAUUGAGAGAGGAGAGAGAUGAGAUAAGGAGUAGAGAUUUGGAGAUUGAGAGAGAGAAAAAUUAGAUUGUGAUAUAGUUAUUUGACAAAGGAGAGUGAUGGAGUGCUGCAUCAGAUGACCUGGCCUCCACAAUCACCUGACCUCAAUCCAAUUGAGAUGGUUUGGCAUGGUUUGGGAUGAAUUGGACCACAGAGGUUAGGAAAAGUGGCCAACAGCAUUAUCAGCAUGUGUUGGAACUCCUACAAGACUGUUGGAAAAGCAUUCCAGGUGAAGUUGGUUGAGAGAAAGCCAGGAGUGUUGCAAAGCUGUCAUCAAGGCAAAAGGUGGCAAGUUGAAGAAUCUAAAAUAUAUUUUGAUUUAUUUAACACUUUUUUUGGUUACUGAUUCCAUAUGUCUUAUUUCAUAGUUCAUAGUGAAAAUAAAGAAAAACCCUUGAAUGAGUAGGUGUGUCCAAACUUUUGACUGGUGCUGUACAUAAAAUCCCCUGGCAACCGCCUCAAUGGACAUUCCUGCAGUCAGCAUGCCAAUUGCCCGCUCCCUAUGAGACAUCUGUGCAUUGUGUUAUGUGACAGAACUGCACAUUUUUGUGGCCUUUUAUUGUCCCCGGCACAAGGUGCACAUGUGUAAUGAUAAUGCUGUUUAAUCAGAUUCUUGAUAUGCCACACCUGUCAGGUGGAUGGAUUAUCUUGGCAAAGGAUAAAUGUUCACUAACAGGGAUGUACCACUGCUCCCAUUGUGGAAAGAGUUUUAACAUGUUAGGAAACAUGAAAUAUCAUGAGCGAAAUACACACAGGGGAGAAGCCAUACCAUUGCGUUCAGUGUGGAAAGAGUUUUACGGAGUUAGGGAAGCGGAAAGCUCAUGAGCGUAUACACACAGGGAGAAAGAAGCCUUACAAAUUUCACUUUUCAAUCCUAGGCGCUGCCCAGAACGAAGGCACCGUCCACCAGACAGACUGGACUUAUAAACAAACACAAACAAAAACGAACUGUUCAAGUUCAAAUUAAAAAGAUACAAAAUAACUACAACAAGUUCUGGGAAGUGUUUCAGUUGUGGUUUGGUUAAAGUCUGAUUGAAUAAGAGAAGUAAUGUUCUGUUAAUUACUGAUGUCCCCUUUAAGAACGGAGCAGCCUUGGUCAUGCGCAGUGUUGUUCUAUGUUAAUCUGGUACUAACUCGUUUUAGUAAAUGUGAAGCUGCAGUUCCAUUCCUUGUAUGCAGAGUCUUAUGAUAUAAAUAAGUAAUAAGAGCUAAGACAAAGAGACACUACAGUUAUUAUAGACAUAUUUGCUUAUAAAGCCGUUUCCACCUCCAUUUCUCGCUUAUACAUUUUUUACUGACACAAAAAGACAACUAACAACUUGUCAAACAAACUAACAAAUUGUCUGUUGGCAUUUAUAAAAGUGCAUAUCCUGUUUCCAUCAGCCUGGUCAUUACUUUUGAAAUGGUUGGAUCAAUAUCCACCUUCAUGAUAUGGAUGAAGCCUGAUUUGGAAUGUCUGAGUAGUUCUAUAUGAUGUCAUAAUACACCCCUCUGAUAAUCAAGUGAUAUUUUGAAUGUCUGAGUAGUUCUAUAUGAUGUCAUAAUACACCCCUCUGAUAAUCAAGUGAUAUUUGGAAUGUCUGAGUAGUUCUAUAUGAUGUCAUCAUACACCCCUCUGAUAAUCAAGUGAUAUUUGGAAUGUCUGAGUAGUUCUAUAAGAUGUCAUAAUACACCCUUCUGAUAGUGAUCCAUUUGCUCCAUUGUUUCCAUGUCAGUUGGUUUCCCACUCUGAUGAUUUAUAUCUGACAGAGGGGCUUUAAAGGAAUAGUAUGGUGACAUCUUAGUGGGGCUUUAAAUAAAUAGGAUUAUUAAUCAUAAACUCCUACAGCAAUAAUACACUGGAGCUUUGACAUAAAGAAGAGAAUGGGCUGAUGGGUGGUGGUGCCAUUACUGGACAUAGUAGCAUAUUAACUUUGUGCUGUUGAUGUAUUGCCACUCAUAAUAUUAUUUCAGAGAGUCUGAAACUCUGCUCCUAACAAGGAGAUGAAGUACAUCAUGUUUCAAUCACAGCUUCUGGAACUCUUCAGAACUUGUCUGAUGUGCAGCGAAGGUGCCAUGGACGGUGAUGAAGGCUGUGGGAAUGAAAAUAGUGUUCUCACUAUGGAAGAGGGAGCAGGCAGCCGUCAUCCAGUCUCUCAGAAACCCAUGUUGAGCCAGCAGUGUUGUCACUAUGGAAGAGGGAGCAGGAAGCCGUCAUCCAGUCUAUCAGAAACCCAUGUAGAGCCAUCAGUGUUGUCACUAUGGAAGAGGGAGCAGGCAGCCAUCAUCCAGUCUCUCAGAAACCCAUGUUGAGCCAGCAGUGUUGUCACUAUGGAAGAGGGAGCAGGAAGCCGUCAUCCAGUCUAUCAGAAACCCAUGUAGAGCCAUCAGUGUUGUCACUAUGGAAGAGGGAGCAGGCAGCCAUCAUCCAGUCUCUCAAGGACAAAGGUGCAGCACUUGGUGUUAGUAGUUGAUGACAGAAGUGACAGCCUGGACACACAGCAAAGUUUGACACCGUCAGUGUUGUUGAGCAGAGAAUCAACCAGAUUGAUUCACAGUCAGUGUUGUUGAGCAGAGCAUCAACCAGAUUGAUUCACAGUCAGUGUUGUUGAGCAGAGAAUCAACCAGAUUGUCCAUGUUGAAGAUACUCAGGUAUAUAAUAAUUUUAUUUGUUUAAUUCUGUUUUUUUUCUAUUAGAAAAUGUAUGUAAGAAUGAUGUGUUAUUUGGGACCUUCAAUGCUGCAGAAAUGUUUUGGUCCACUUCCCCAGAUCUGUGCCGUCACACAAUCCUGUCUCGAAAAGAAUAUAUCACAUCAAAUGUAGGCUACUUAAAGUUCAUGAGAGAACAGGCAUACUGCUCGUACACUUGUCUCAUGUUUUUCUACAAAAAUAGAAUUGUGCUUUUGGUCAUUAAGCCUCAUUAAAUCAAACUGUAUAAAGCUGUAUGUUUUUUAUUUCAACACCUGCUCCUAAGCUGUACCUCAGUAUAUUGACUCUGUACCGUUACCUCCUGUAUAUAGCCUCCACAUUGACUCAGUACUGCUAACUCCUGUAUAUAGCCUCCACAUUGACUCUGUACUGGUACCUCCUGUAUAUAGCCUCCACAUUAACUCUGUACUGGUACCUCCUGUAUAUAGCCUCCACAUUAACUCUGUACUGGUACCCCCUGUAUAUAGCCUCCACAUUGACUCGACUCUGUACUGGUACCCCAUGUAUAUAGCCUCCACAUUAACUCUGUACUGGUACCUCCUGUAUAUAGCCUCCACAUUAACUCUGUACUGGUACCCCCUGUAUAUAGCCUCCACAUUGACUCUGUACAGGUACCUACUGUAUUCUUUAUUGUGUUACUUUUUUUAUUUCGUUUAUUUACUAAAUAUUUUCUUAACUCUUAUUUUUCUUAAAUCUGCAUUGUUGGUUAAGGGCUUGUAAGUAAGUAAUUCACAGUAAGGUUGUAUUCAGCAUUUCACGGUAAGGUCUACUACACCUGUUGUAAUCAGCGCAUGUGGGAAAUAACAAUUUAUUUGAACUAAAUAUGGAGUAUGUCAG